AACUGCGACUAUGCCCCGAGUUUUCACUGCACAAAGAGAGAGUCUCUCUGUACUUCCAUGGCAUCGGCCUCCCUCCUCAAGUCCUCCCCGAUCAUCGAGAAGUCCGAGUGGGUGAAGGGCGCUGCUCUUCGCCACCCUUCCGCAUCCGUCGCCGCCCGCUCUCACCCUGCAACCUCGCUAGCAGUCCGCGCCGCCAGCUCCUACGCGGAUGAGCUCGUCAAGACAGCGAAAACCAUAGCCUCUCCCGGGCGUGGCAUCCUGGCCAUGGAUGAGUCGAACGCGACGUGUGGGAAGAGGCUGGCUUCGAUCGGGCUGGAGAACACCGAGGCGAACAGGCAAGCCUACCGCACCCUGCUCGUUACUGCCCCGGGCCUAGGCAACUACGUCUCCGGUGCUAUCCUCUUCGAGGAGACGCUUUACCAGUCCACAACGGAUGGCAGGAAGAUGGUAGACGUUCUCCUCACUCAGAACAUCGUUCCUGGAAUCAAGGUUGACAAGGGCCUCGUACCUCUUGCUGGCUCAAACGACGAAUCAUGGUGCCAAGGCCUUGAUGGGCUCGCUUCUCGCUCUGCGGCUUACUACCAGCAAGGUGCUCGUUUUGCCAAAUGGCGUACUGUUGUGAGCAUUCCCGAUGGUCCCUCUGCCCUUGCGGUGAAGGAAGCCGCCUGGGGUCUUGCUCGCUAUGCUGCUAUUUCUCAGGACAAUGGUCUCGUUCCGAUCGUGGAGCCUGAAAUCCUUCUCGACGGCGAUCACGGGAUCGAGCGGACCUUCGAGGUGGCGCAGAAAGUCUGGGGUGAGGUCUUCUUCUACCUCGCGGAGAACAAUGUGAUGUUCGAAGGGAUCCUCCUCAAGCCCAGCAUGGUGACUCCAGGAGCCGAGUGCAAGGAGAAGGCCACACCGGAGCAGGUGGCAGAGUACACCCUCAAGCUCCUUCACAGGAGGAUUCCUCCCGCCGUCCCUGGAAUCAUGUUCCUGUCCGGCGGGCAAUCGGAGGUGGAGGCGACCUUGAACCUGAACGCCAUGAACCAGGGGCCGAACCCGUGGCACGUCUCGUUCUCGUACGCGAGAGCCCUGCAGAACACCUGCCUGAAGACCUGGGGAGGACGGCCGGAGAAGGUGAAGGAAGCACAGGAGGCUCUGCUGGUGCGUGCCAAGGCUAACUCCCUCGCUCAGCUGGGGAAGUACACCGGCGAAGGCGAGUCGGAGGAAUCCAAGCAAGGAAUGUUCGUCAAAGGCUAUACCUACUGAGCUCCGCACCAUUCCCAUUUCCCUACACACACACAUGCAGGAAUAAUAGACUCCCUCUCCCUCUAUCAUGCCUUCUUCCUCUAUAUAAGCAUUGACGACUUAUGCUUUCCUCCUCUAUAGCUAUUAAUAAUGGCAACGACUUCCAUUACGUGUA